UUGGGCCGCCCUGGGCGGGGAGUCACAUGAUGGAGCCUGUCCUCGGCGGUUCGCGAAGAGCCGGCUGCCUGGCGGAGGAGAGAGGCUUCUGAUGGCCGCCGCCGCCCCCUCCCUUGGUUGACCCUGGACUGAGGGAGGCCACGGCAACACAGCGACCACCUGUGAGCAGCAGCAGCAGCAGCAGCAGGAGGAGCAUGCGCCCCAGGCAGGCAGGCAGGCAGGCAGGCCCUUGUUUGGUGAACUCCUAGGAAAUGGAUCCAGUCUGCUGGAAAUCUUUGAACUGCUUCAUGUGGGUACUUUUCUGAAGGCUGUACACUGGGGUGGGCAGGGACCAAGACUGGCAACUUGUUUUUGUAACACUUGGAGAUUCUGCUGCUAUGGAAGAAAGCAAACAACAGGAUCUCCCACAAGAGAGUCAGGACGAUGGCAUCAGCAGCUCAAGACCAUUGCCUGGUGGAACCCUGCCUGUCAAGGGGGAGAUAAAGAAACAUGCUGUUACAGAUGACUACAAAAUCUCCAAGCGAGUCCUGGGCCUUGGCAUUAAUGGCAGAGUAUUGGAGUGCUUCCACAAGGUAACAGGGAGGAAAUGUGCUUUAAAGCUCUUAUAUGAUAGCCCAAAAGCACGACAAGAGGUGGAUCAUCAUUGGCGGGCUUCUGGCUGUCCCCACAUCGUCCACAUCCUGGAUGUUUAUGAAAAUAUACAUCAUGGGAAGAGAUGCCUCCUAAUCAUCAUGGAAUGCAUGGAGGGAGGGGAGCUGUUCAGCAGGAUCCAGGAGCGAGGAGACCAAGCAUUUACAGAAAAAGAGGCCUCUGAAAUAAUGAGAGACAUUGGAACAGCCAUCCAGUAUCUACAUGGAAUGAAUAUAGCCCAUAGAGAUGUCAAGCCAGAAAAUCUGCUUUAUACAUCUAAAGAGAAGGAUGCAGUGCUAAAACUCACAGACUUUGGGUUUGCCAAAGAGACAACAAUACAGAAUGCCCUGCAAACUCCGUGUUAUACUCCAUACUAUGUAGCCCCAGAAGUCCUUGGUCCAGAGAAGUAUGACAAGUCCUGUGAUAUGUGGUCUCUUGGUGUCAUCAUGUACAUUCUCUUGUGUGGGUUCCCUCCAUUCUACUCCAAUACUGGCCAAGCCAUUUCUCCAGGAAUGAAGAGGAGAAUUCGGAUGGGGCAGUAUGGAUUUCCAAACCCUGAAUGGUCAGAGGUGUCUGAUGAAGCUAAGCAGCUAAUUCGCCAGUUGCUGAAGACAGACCCAACAGAAAGAAUGACAAUUUCUCAAUUUAUGAAUCACCCUUGGAUUAAUCAGUCCAUGGUGGUGCCCCCAACCCCUCUUCACACGGCCCGUGUCCUACAGGAGGAUAAAGAUCACUGGGACGAAGUGAAGGAGGAAAUGACAAGUGCCUUGGCAACCAUGAGAGUGGACUACGACCAAGUAAAAAUUAAAGAUUUGAAAACCUCUAACAACCGUCUCCUCAACAAACGUCGCAAGAAGCAAAAACAGGGAGGCACUUCUUCAGCAUCUCCUGGUUGUAACAACCAAUAAAGAAAAGAGUGAAGAAUAAACAUAAAAUGGAACAGUUGCUCGAACAGAGUUCAGCUCACCUUCACACCAAAGCAAAGGUUACCUCUCUGAAAUAUUGAUGAGCAUGUGAUCUACAGCCAAGGUGCACUGAAGCAUCUAACAUAAGAUGUUCUGGAACUUUUUAUUUUGGCAUUUGGUUUUGUCUAAGGGGAAUUUAUUUGUUUAUACUUUUCUUUUACAUUUUAAUAGAAAUUACCUAGGGUGUUCCAGAAAACCAUAGAAUUUAAGUGAAGCUUUAGCUGAGUAGAUGGUUAUUGAGCCAAUGCAGGUCCAACAUAUGUAGCCAUGCUAAGCACAUUUAAAUCUCCCUGCUUUAAAAUGAAGAGAUUUAAGUGUAGGCCUAAGUUUAACAGAAUCCAAUGGGAUGUAAAACCACUUAACCUUGGCUGGAUUAUAUCCAGUGUCCUUAAGAGAAAUGAAUCCUACCGUUGUAUAGACCUCAGGAAUAGAAAGUUCAGGGUCUCUGUGAAGAGAGUAGGUUUUUCACAUGUUCUUUCUUGGUCUUUAUUUUCUGCUUUAUUUUAGUUCUAGAGAUAAUGCUGUCAACUAGUAGAAUUUCUGUUUGAACAGGGAAACAUUGCUUUUGAAAUUUCAGGAAAAUAUUUAAUCUUAAAGGAUUAUUUAAGCCAUGAUUCCAUGUUCACACAUGUCUUAGAUGGAAAGCAAUUCAUAUAGGAAAAUGCAUGUAAAUACGUUGUGCAUUCUCCUGUGUAGUGACAGUGACAUUUCUGUUUUAAUGUUUGCCCUGUAUAGAGGAGGUAUAAUUGGCCAUGUUUUCCUGGUGAACAUACAUGUAGCAACUAGCUGUGAGUGUUGUUAGGCUUCAGUUGAUCCAGUUUCUUGAUCUACACAUGCCAAAACCAUUCUUAGCAGAUAAUUUUCUCAGGUGAAAGACAGAAUGUCUUGUUGAAACUAGAGUUCCACCUUCCAUUUCCUCUGUUACAGCAUACAAGCAAAGCUUGUACAACAUGCAGACUGUUCAUUUCUCACAUCUGCCAUUUUACUCAUGGUCACAUGUCAGCUUGUGCACCUUGUUGACCUGAUGAAAAAAAUAAGAUAUGUGAGCAUUCCUAGAAAACUCCUAAUUUAAGGAGCAGUUCACACAGAAGGAUGCUUACAUAGAGGUGCAUGUUACCCUAAUUUUUCCAUACAAAUGAGCCUUACUUGAUCCCAGUAAGAAGAACACUGCACAGUUCGCAUCCCUGGAUUCUCAGUUGUGCUUUGCUCUGAGAAACCAUGAGACAGCAGGUGUCUUCUCUGAUCUCCAGCUUCAGCACUGCUUAGAAAAAUCCCAGAAAGCAUUUGGAUUUCUCAGUGGGACUGGAGGCAGAAAUGGCAAUUAUUUCUUUCACCAUUUUCACUGUGAUUUGGACCAGAUAAAAACAGGUGAUUGCUGCUCUUUGUGUCUUCAAAAUGCUACAUGAAUGCAAAAUGUCUCACAAGGCCUCCAAACUCACGAGACAGCCUGAGAAGAGGGAAGAGACUUGUGACUAGUAAGCCAGAUCAAGCCAGUAUUUGUGGAAACUCUGCAUCAGAAACUCAUGCCAAAAUUACAGAGGAUGGGUUAUUCUGAUAACAGGAAACUACAGUGCCUGACAGGUCGACUCUCAUCAUUAGGUGCCUCCCAUUGACCUGCAAGUAGGUAUUGAACUGAAACCAAGAAGCACUGGACAAAUCUACAUACUCUUGACUGUUUGAUAGAUUAACAUUUUGCAUAAAUCAAUAAAUGGUUCUUUACCAUUUUU